UUUACUCUUCUUCUACAGGAGCUGCUGAACAAAUAUUUAAUCCAGAAUUCCACAAAUCCUGAGAGCAAAGUCUUCUACCUGAAGAUGAAGGGCGACUACUACAGAUACCUUGCUGAAGUCGCCUCAGGAGACGACAAGAAAACAACCAUAGAGAACUCUCAGGAUGCUUAUCAGAAAGCAUUUGAUAUAAGCAAGACAGAGAUGCAGCCCACACAUCCCAUACGUCUGGGACUGGCCCUCAACUUUUCUGUCUUUUUCUACGAGAUCCUUAACUCUCCAGAAAAGGCCUGCGCCCUUGCUAAACAGGCGUUUGAUGAGGCCAUAGCAGAGCUUGAUACGCUGAAUGAAGAGUCUUACAAAGACAGCACUCUUAUCAUGCAGCUACUGAGAGACAACCUCACAUUAUGGACAUCCGACAACGCACCAGAUGAGGGAGAAGGAGGUGAGGGAGGAGAGAACUAGACCACACGCUCCUUCAGCUCCGACCUUUUUACACAUCUCCAUUCCUUAUCACUCCAUGUCAGAAUUCCUCCAGUAAAGAUCAAACCCAUGAUUAACGAAGAGCUGUUAAUGAAAAAUAAAAAAAAGUGCAGUGCAGCUUUUGGACAAGAAAAGAAAGAUAUUUGGGGUGAAACCCUGUUCCUUAGUUUGUUUGUCUUGGCCUUUCAUAAUGUGCAGUUUCUGCUGUAGAGAAGUAUGACUAGUGUCAUUUUAUACAAACAUAAUCCUAAAGUAAUAGUUAAUGGAAAAUAAUUUAAUGAAUAAAUUAAAAAUAAGGACAUGCAUUUCAUCACAGGUAAGUCUGAGACUAAAAAGUAAUCGCAGGGAUAUUAAAAGCAUUUAGACAACCAUAUACACCUACUGUAUCAUGUACUUUAACACUCUUACCUGUUUGACCUAAGCACUACCACGGGUUGUGCACUUCCACUGAAAGCAGUGAUCAGUCACGCUUUAAAUAGUUCAAUAUGGAAAUUUAAAAAAGACACUUGUUGCAUUGGCAUACGUUUCAAACAGCAUUUUACUUGGAAAUAAUAUCUGCAGUGGUAUGUAGUAUCUGACGGUCCUCAGUUUAUGAACGGUUUAAUAAUAUAUUUACUGUUUUUUUACUUGAUUUUGGCCUGUUUAGUGUUCCCUUUGCUUUUAUUUUAUGGAAACCAUCCAUAGAAAUUAAAACCAUUUGUAAGACGACUUAGGGCAUAUUUGAUUUGAUUUGUUUAGUAAUGCUAUGAUAAAAGUGAAACUGUUUGGUUAGCAGUACCCCACUAGCAUGCAGAACAAUUCUGACACAAUCUGUGGCACAUUUCGGAAAUAUGGUUUUGAUGGUCACCUAUAAACGACCCACUCUAGAAACUUGUUUCACAUAACGCAUGUUAUGAAUGAUAGAAACCAGGAACGAGUUGAUCUUGAUUCUGACUGCUUGUGGUGAAUUUGUGUUGUUGGCAGAUAACAUUGCCUGUGUAUGUCCAGAACACUGGAAUGAGAAUCAAUUGCCAAUAUUAAAGUUCUGAUCAGUACUUUUCAAUGCUUUGUGCACAGGUGUGUGGUUGUCCAGAGAGUGUCAUUAUAGAUUUGACCACUAUUACAUGUUUUGGUUCUCCUUUUUGUCUUUUAUUCUAUUGUGUAUGUGAUUUUUUGUUUUUGUUUUUGUUUUUCUCUCUCUUUUUUAUUUUUUCAUUUCCCAUGAAUUUUAGUCUCACAAAAGCCUUGUGAAAAUGUUUUAUGCCCUAUGUAUGUUAUGAAACAUGCUUAAUUACAUUUUAUAAACCAG